CUAGGUGGUGUUUGAGACCCCUUCCAAACCAAGCUAUUCCACGAGUCUAUGAAUAGCAUUCAUGUCGUGGUUAAUUUUCUCUUAUAGGUAGCUAGUAAACAAGGGGAGCUCAGGAAGGAGCAACACUGGGCCCUGCAGCCUUAAGGGUGCAUCUCCUCUGAAUGUGGAAAAGCACCUUCUUGUUUGCAGCCCUCUGGCUUGGUCUGGAUGGCCUAUUCGCAGCGUUUGGGUUCUGCCAGUACGAUUCCACAAUGGGAUGCUUCAUCACUUCUGAAGUGCUUUAGUGGUUUCACUGGUGACAAAGCAGUGACUGAGUUUUUCCUUCUUUCUGCAUGUACCAGAGCUUUAUGAAGGUGCAGGGUAUGGUUUCUAGAGUAGAAGAGGAAGAAAGGAGAAUUGGUGCCCGUGCUCCUAAGGUGAACUUGGUGUUUUUGUGCUCAGUUGGCUGUGAGCAGUGGUGUCUCCAUUGUGUUGGCCUUUAUAUGUGGAGACAGAGACACAGCUGGAGCACUGGGGUGACAUGCAGCCAUCAGCUUGUGGCAAAAGGCUGAAUGUAGGCAGUGUUCUGGUGCACAGAGGCUGGAAACAUCUUAAGGAUGUGGGCUCGGAUGGGGGGGAGCAGAGAGCCUGUAGCACUGCUGGUGGGUUACCGUAGUCCUCCCACAGGUGGGAAGCUGGCUCAAUUUUGCUAUUUUGGAGCCUGUUCUCACUGCUGUUGACCUUUCUGGAAAUUGGAUGAGGGCCAGAGCUUGCAGCUGUGUUUUUUGCCCUAACCAACAUCUUUGGCAUAUCUCCCCACUGAGAAAAGCGGUGCUGAGGGCAUUGGCGUGGACGUGGUUCAGCUGCAUUAUCACAAGGAAUGAGAUGGUGGGAGUGCUGUGUUACAAACUGAACCUGCUGCAGAUUUCUCCUGUGUGUUUGGUGGGGUUUUUGGUGGAUGGGUCUUUAUCCCUUUUUUCACGUUUAAGUGUACUCCCACUUUUCCAUUAAGCUUGGGAAAAGCUCUGAGCGAAAGUGUAUUCCUUUGGUUAAUAUUAAAGUUUUUAGGUAUGGGUUUUGUUGGUGAAGCUUAGCAGCAUGUAUGGAAGUGGUAGAAGGGUAUGGGCGUUUUUGGUUGGUAACAGAUCCUGCUGAAGUUCUGUCUGUUGCCUGUGGGUCACGUUUUAGGAGCCUCCAAGUGAGACAGGUAUAAGGAGUUCUAAAGAUACAUACUGUAAAAAUCCAUUUUUACUCCGAGGAGGUGGUUUUAUACAUGAGGAAAUGCUUUGGGCUGAAGGCUGAUAAGGGAGGGAUUGCUGGCAGCGGGGCUUUGUGAGCUCCAUUGCUCAUUGUGGAGCAUGAGGUCCUUUACCUGUUUGUCUGCUUCCUCGACAGCGCUGCCCUGGUUUGGGAUCAGGACGUGUUGCAGUCGUACAAAUGGAGUAGAAGAUCAUUUUGCUGCCAGCGUUGGGUUUCCUCCCAUUUGCGUUUCUUGCUCUAAUUAAGCUGCUGCUUAGUCACCAGGGACUUAUCCCAGUUAGUUUAGUGUGGUUUUGUUAUCUCUCAGGCUUCUGUAAAUGCUAUGAGAAGUGAGGAUAGGAGCAGGAGAGCUCCUCAGCUGUGCAGCAAUCCAGCGUGGCUGAGUGUAGGUCUAGAACUGUUUGGGGAUGGCUGGCAGUGUGAAUGCAACCAAACCUGAAGCCAGCUGACUUGGAACAAGUGCUUUUCUUUUGGGGCAUCUGUAGCAUAGUGAGAUUCAAGAUUAAGAGCUUCAACCACAGCAAGGAGGCGAGAUCACAUUGUUUCAACAGCCCCAUGCAUGUUUGCUAGCAGAAGUUUGGUUUGCUCACAGGGUGAAAGAGGUCACACUGGUGUAAGGUCUGGGCGGUGUCUUCUUCCAGGUCUGCUGCUCCUGUGACCACGUGGAGAUAGAGGCUUCUCUGCGUAUUCACCUCGAGUUUUGGUUGUCUUUGUAGUCUGGGAGCAUGUACAGGCUGGUAGGAUUCUGACAUUGGUACCCCAAAGCCCCUGGGACAAACUUUCCCUCCUGUUUGUGAAGUGUGCCAGGGUUUCUGGGCAGCUGGCAGAACAGGGAUCUGUCUUAUCUUGGGAAGUGGUACCUGGUUCAGUACUUUGGUUUGGGCUCUGCUCGUUGCAUCUCCUUUGCUUUGCUGCUGUAAAGAUGCUUGGCAGAUGCCUGGCUCCUUGCUUUGCUGUCAGGAGCGUCCCGUGUGGUGGAAGCAGGAAGGAGCCUCUGUGCCAAGAGGAGCUUUUCCAGCCCAGCUCUUUGUUCUCGGUGGGUGCAGUAAUGCUGUGUGUAGCAAGGCUGCCUUUCCUUGGUCUGCUGGGAUAGACAGCUGCUGUCAUCUGUGGUCGUGUUCACAGGACAAGCUAAGGCAAAGCCUGGGGUUGUGUGGAAGGCACAAGCUUGGGAGGUUCCAUAUGUAACCCUCUGUGUUCACCCAUGUAUCAGAGUAGCUUUUCACUUUGCACAGAACUUGUUUGGCAAGAGCAGGGGAAGAGGGCUACUACAGUAACACAGCCCUUAUAGGUACCUCAAAAAGAAGGAAUUGAUUCAGACUUGAGCGUGGCAGUAUCUAGAGCCAUACUGAGGAAUUAAAACAAUAUACAGCAUGAUUUAAUUGUAAAGAGGCUGAGCUGCUCUAGCACAGAGACACCACAGUGUGAAAGAUCCAUGUUCCUUCUCUGAGAUGAGGUCUCACCAGGAUGCACACAACUGCAUACCAGAGCUGGACAGUGAAACGGCCAUGUUCUCAGUCUAUGAUGGACACGGAGGAGAAGAAGUUGCCCUGUACUGUGCCAAGUAUCUUCCCGAGAUCAUCAAGGAUCAGAAGGCCUAUAAGGAAGGCAAAUUGCAAAAGGCCCUGGAAGAUGCUUUCUUAGCCAUAGAUGCCAAGCUCACCACUGAGGAGGUGAUUAAAGAGCUCUCUCAGAUGGCUGGGCGACCCCAAGAUGAUGAAGAUGAGAAAGAGAAAGUUGCUGAUGAAGAUGAUGUGGAUAAUGAGGAAGCUGCUCUUCUGCACGAAGAAGCCACAAUGACCAUUGAGGAACUUCUCACACGUUAUGGACAAAACUGCACCAAGAACCUCAAACACAAGUCCUUAGCUCUGGCUGGGGAGAAUGCUGCGGAGGGGACAGGCAAGCAGCACGAUGGGGAGUCAAAUAUGAACGGAGAGGCUGAGCCAGGGGACCUUAUCGACCACAAGGAGAGGAAGAAUGGGAAGCCAGAUGAAGAAAUCACGGGUAUUUCCUCCACCUCAGACAAAGCCAGCACUGGAGGCAACAGCCCUGCUCUGCAGAAGCCUGAACUAGGCAAAGGUGACGAGGCCGUCACCUCUUCUACUGGGGAGGCCGGGCCCUCCUGCUCCUCCACGGGAAAGCCCCAGCGCACAACCAAAUCCAAAUUUUUUGAGGACAGUGAGGAUGAGUCAGAUGAGGUUGAGGAAGAGGAGGAAGACAGUGAGGAAUGCAGUGAAGAUGAGGAUGGUUACAGUAGCGAAGAGGCAGAGAAUGAAGAUGAUGAAGAUGACACUGAAGAAGCCGAGGAAGAUGAGGAUGAAGAGGAGGAAAUGUUGUUACCAGGCAUGGAGGGGAAAGAGGAGCCUGGCUCUGACAGUGGGACGACUGCUGUCGUGGCCCUCAUCCGAGGCAAGCAGCUGAUUGUGGCUAAUGCUGGAGACUCUCGCUGCGUGGUGUCAGAAGGUGGCAAAGCUGUCGACAUGUCAUAUGACCACAAGCCAGAGGAUGAGGUGGAACUGGCCAGGAUAAAGAAUGCCGGCGGCAAGGUCACCAUGGAUGGGAGAGUGAAUGGUGGCCUCAACCUCUCCAGGGCAAUUGGUGAUCACUUCUACAAGCGGAACAAGAAUCUGCCUCCAGAGGAACAGAUGAUCUCUGCCUUGCCUGACAUCAAAGUGCUGACAAUAAAUGAUGACCAUGACUUCAUGGUCAUUGCCUGUGAUGGAAUCUGGAACGUGAUGAGCAGCCAGGAAGUGGUGGAUUUCAUCCAGUCCAAGAUCACCCAAAAGGAUGAGAACGGAGUCCUGAGGCCGCUCUCCUCCAUUGUAGAAGAGCUGCUGGAUCAGUGUUUGGCUCCAGACACCUCAGGGGACGGCACUGGCUGCGAUAACAUGACCUGCAUCAUUAUCAGUUUUAAACCCCGCAAUACACACCCACCUGCUGACAGUGGGAAGAGGAAACUGGAGGAUGUGGCAGCACAGGCAGCACCAGCAGAGGAGAACGGCAGCGAUAAGAAGAAGGCCAAGCUGGAAUAGCAAGCCUCGCACAGGGACUGUGCUGUGCGCUCACCAGACUCUCGUUUCUUAAACAUGCUGAACUCAAGACUCCAAAGUCUUGUCCUUUUUUUAGCCUUAGCAGAGGCCUUGUUUGUCCGUGUCCUGGUUGGGGGGUUGGGGGGCGGGUCUGGUUAGCAAGGGCAUGUGGCACUGUUCAUCUGUAACCAUUCCAAAGAGCGAGCCAAGGGCAGAGCUGCACGCGGGAGCAGCCGGCGGCCGCGGCGUGGGAGCCCACCAUCGGUGGCAACCUCUUAGCACAGAGCCCUGUGGUUAGAAGGAUGUCCCCCCCAUUGUCUCCAUGUGGUUGUUGCCAUUUCUGUGCCUGUGACUUUCUGUUCGGAGGGAAAGAACUUUUUCACUGUUGAGGUUUUUUAAAUCUGCACCCAAUUAUUUAAGGCCCUUUCUGUUUUUAUUUGUGAAACAAUCCGGCUGUGGUGCUGCCGCCACACCUCAUUCUGUUGUACACUUUCAAUCAAUACUUUUUUCAAACUAAAAGCCCGGAAAACA